AUGAACUUCGACCACCUUCCCGUGGUGAUUGACAACGGCUCCGGAGUGAUAAAAGCGGGCAUGGCCGGGAGUCGGGAGCCCCAGUUUGUCUACCCCAACAUUGUGGGCCGCGCCAAAGCCCAGAACUGGGCUGCCGAGGGCGCGCAAGAGCUGUGCGUGGGCGACCAGGCGCAGGACCGCAGGAGCUCGCUGUCCAUCAGCUACCCAGUGGAACGUGGUCUUAUCACUUCCUGGGGUGACAUGGAGAUCAUGUGGAAGCAUAUUUACGAUGCCAACCUGAAGCUCAAGCCCUAUGAGGGUCCAGUCCUGAUCACAGAGCCCGCUUUGAACCCCCUGGCCAGUCGACAGCACACCAUCGAAGUGUUUUUUGAGCAUCUAGGUGUGCCCGCUUUCUACAUGUCCAUCCAGGCUGUGCUUGCUCUCUUCGCUGCUGCUUCACAACUGGCUUCAUGCCUGAAUUCAGGUGCUGGGAUCACCCAGUGUGUGCCUGUCUUUGAGGGCUACUGCCUGCCUCAUGGUGUCCAACAGCUAGACCUGGCGGGCCUUGACCUCACCAGCUACCUAAUGAUGCUGUUGAAGGACCAUGGAAUCAUGUUGCUUAGUGCCGCAGACAGGAAGAUUGUCGCAGACAUCAAGGAGACUUGCUGUUAUGUGGCCAUGAACUACGAAGAGGAAAUGGCCAAGAAACCUGAGAGUCUAGAGAAAGUUUACCAGCUCCCAGACGGGAAGAUGGUCAAGCUCCACGAGCAGCUCUUUCGUUGUCCAGAGGCCCUCUUCUGUCCGAGUUUCAUGAACGUUGAUGGCCCUGGCAUUGACAAAAUGUGCUUCAACAGCAUAAUGAAAUGCGAUACAGAUCUGAGAAACGGUUUCUUCUCCAAUAUUAUCCUUGCCGGAGGAUCAAUCUUCCCUGGUUUAGACAAGAGGCUAGUUAAGGACAUAGCAAAGGUGGCGCCUGCCAACACCCCUGUGCAGGUUACCGCUCCCCCAGAAAGGAAGAUAUCAGUGUGGAUGGGAGGCUCUAUCCUGGCCUCUCUGUCUGCCUUCCAGGACAUGUGGAUCACUGCUGCAGAAUUUAAAGAAGUGGGGUCCAACAUAGUGCACCAGAGAUGCUUCUGAAAUACAAAAUGGCUAGAAAAAACCAUGUUCCGUACAUGUGACAGAAAACUGUGCUAACAUAGGUUCCUGGGAGAAUGGAAAAUAUCUCAAUGAUUGGCACA